AAAAGCAGACAAUGUGACAGAGCCAGUGAGGUUUCACCAGGUUGCCUUGCUCGGCUCGCUGGCCUUCCUCCUAGCUCUUUGUAGGAAGAGAAGGCCACGGCUUUCAGCUCAACGCUACCAUGAUCCCCAGGGUGCUUCUUGUCCUCAGUUUCUUCCCUUCAGUUCAAGUAACAGACAAGAUCUUGGUCAAACAGUCACCUUGGCUUAUAUCUGAUAAUCAUGGAGUGGCAACCCUUGCCUGUAACUACAUCUAUGAUAAAACACCAACUGAAUUUCGAGCUUCGCUCCAAAAGGGAACGAACAGUGCCCUUGAAGUCUGUUUUGUGUACGUAAAUGGAACCCACAAACCCUUGCUUUCCUCAGCUGAGGACUUCAACUGCUCCGUGAAUUUCAAUAACAAAACAGUGAAGUUCCAACUCCAGAAUAUGAGUGUCAACCAAACGGAUAUUUACUUCUGUAAAAUAGAAUUCAUGUAUCCUCCUCCAUAUCUCUCCAAUGAAAAGACUAAUGGAACCAUCAUCUAUGUGAAAGAGAAGGAGGUCUGUUCGGCCCAAGAAACUUCUGAGUUUCCCAGACCCUUUUGGGCAGUUACUGCAGCUUUGUGUAUCCUUGCUUUCUAUAGCUUGUUAAUGACAGUGGCUUUUUUAAACUGCUGGGUCAAAAGCAAAAAAAACAGAAUUCUUCACAGUGACUACAUGAACAUGACUCCUCGGAGACCAGGACCAACUAAAAAACAUUAUCAGCCUUAUGCCCCAACCAGGGACUAUGCCGCCUAUCGAUCCUGACACAGACGCCUAUCCAGAAGCGAGCCGGCUAACACACCUCUAUCUCCUCCACCCUGUUUGUCUGGAUAGGAAGUAACCAUCUCCCAUCUCUAGCCGGUUAUAUUUGGCCUUUUACAGGCCACUCAUGCCUCUUUCAUGAAGAUAAUACCCCAAGUUAUUUAAGAUCAUUUUAUCAUAUUCUGAAAUAGGGACUUCUAAAACUUUUUUUUCAGGGGUAGGCAGGUUCAACUUUGUAAGGUUAUCACUCAGGCUCAACCUUGACCUGAACUAGCUGACUUGACUGAAAAGUGUAGUGUUGGAGGAAUCCAGGUCAAUUGGAUUUUUGUGUGGCAUAUGUGGCUAACUGUCCAAUGUGUCAAGAAACAACUGGUGUAGCUCCAUUUCCCUCCCCCUUGCCCCACCUCAACCUCAAAAUCUGCCUCAACCUAACAAAUGUAUAGGUGCAAGAUAGGAAAGGUCAGAGAAAAGGCCCCUUUGAAUGAAGGGAUUUGAUAGUUUGAAAAAGUUUUUGUUUUAACCGUGCUCUGACCACAUAGAAGUCACAUACUUUCUUUAUAUUUAACAUUGUAAUUGUUAAUAUUUUAGUUUAGGAGGACUGGUAGAUUUUUCUUAAGGAAAUGCUGGACUGGUUUUUCUUUCAUAUUUCAAGAUACUUAUCGUGUAUCACAACAAAAUCAAGACUAUCUGUUCAGAAAUUCAUUCCCAAUCAAAUUAUAUGUGGGGGUGAGAUUGUAUGGAAGAAUUUUGUUUUGUUGGACUUUACGAACAGUCAUGGGAUAUGACUAUGAGAAGAAAAUGAUACGGUGGGAUUUGGGUAUGGAUAGGGCUUUGAAAUAGGCACCAGGUGUUCCAGAUGGGACAAUGCCACUAUAUUUACCUGUGUGUCAAUAAGGUGGGGAAAAAAUGUCUGAAUUCAUUUCAUUAUAGAUUUCAGGUUUAGACAGUUGGUUUUGUAAUAUGUUUGUGGAAAUCUGAGGGAUGAAGGACUGCUUGGGGAAGUAUACAUAGGAUAAAUGAAUCUACUGUGAAAAAUUAUGUUAUCAUUCCAUAAAGAUGAGAGGAAUCUGCUUAAAUGCAUCUUCUGGAGGGUAGAGAGAGUUACCAAAGGCAAUGAUGUAAAACCCAGAGCCUCAUUACCCAGCCCUGAGAACGCAAUCCUGGAGAGAGCAGCUACCACUUGGAUUAAAUGAUGCCCCAGUGGAACACAACCUGUUUUAGUGACUUCAUCCCUGUGUGUGGUUGAAGCUCAGAGCUGAUGCGCUGGUCUAACCUCCAUUACCAGUUCCUGGAGAUCAGUGGAAACAGAAGGAGGAGGUUUUCAGAUAUUUAUCAUCUCUAGUGAGAUUGGACUAAUAAGAGAUGUUACAGAAACAAUUCUGGAAUGACAACGGAUAUUUUUUCUGCCUCCAACUCUGAUGAACCUGUGAUGUGCUCUCUGACUGCUAAUGGACUCCAUGACCUCAUCAGUGUUAUGAGCUACUAAUGAGUGUGAUGCAUUUUGCUAAAUUAUAGACUUCAUAAAACACAUGAGCUGGGAGAAAUAACUCAAGGAUUAUCUUAACACAUCCUGAAAUGAGGAAGAGAAAGAGAAUGACACCCUAAAAGGAUGAUGUACCAAUAUAUAAUGUGUAUUAAUGAAUAGUACACAUUAAAAUACAAGAAAAAAUAAUGUGA